AUGAAGGGUUCGGACUCGUCGCCAUCUUUCGUGAGAGUUCUGCCUUGUGCAAAUAGUAGCCACGAUCUGCUCAUUUGGUACCUGCAAAGCAGACAAGUGGUGUUUUGUGUCGGAGGCAAGACAUCCAUAGCACAUGCCGGUACAAUCACAUCGCAGCCGCCUUGUGGUGCAAUGGCCGCGAAGGAUGAAUCGUCUGACAUUUGUGGUGAUGCAGUGCCGGUCUUUUUCCAACCAGACACGGAGCUGUUGCUCAAGACCAUGCAGAGCCACCAUGAGCAGCUGAUGGACCGUUUGGACCAGCAAGAGAAGCUACUGAGGCAGGAGGCGCAAGACAUAACAUCGGCAACGUCUCCACAAAUCUUCGUGACCUCAGAUUCCGGCAGUCUCCUUGCUUCAGUGCAGCCAGAGCAGCACUACAUAGGGAAUGCAGCACCGGGCAUUUUGUCAGCGAGAAACGCGAGAAGCGAAGUGCCAAGCUUGGGCCUGUCGAAUUCUUACCAGUUGCGAUCGUAUUCAGCAGAGGACACGCAGUUGCGCGACGAUGCAGACAACGCGGAAUCCAUUGCGAUUCGCAAGAGAUUCUCUGACAUGCAGGCACCAGAAAAGAAAGGCCCCGGAAGUCACACAAGGUUGCUGCAUUCGGACAGCAUCCCGUGGACUACCCGCAUAGUGCACAAUCCUGCCUUUGAUAUCUUUUUCGCGGUCAUCGUGUUCGCCAAUGCCAUCUUCAUUGGCUUUGACAUCCAGUGGACCCUGGACGGCCGAGAGUAUGCUGUGGACGUGGUGAGGACGAAGCCCGUGAUCUACAUGAUUUUCCACUACACGUUUUCUGCAUUGUUUUUGGGCGAGCUUCUACUACGACUCGCCGACAGCCGCUGUCGCUACUACUGUUCAGAAGAGUGGAAAUGGGCUUUCCUUGAUACACUGAUUGUAGCAACAUCCUUCUGGGAUAUUGCUGUGGAUGUCAUCUCGGCCAUGCUCCAAGACGACAGUUGGGAUAGCAUCUCUGGGCUGUCCACAUUGAAAGCCAUGCGCAUCGUGCGCCUGACCCGUGUGUUGAAAACUGCUCACUUCAUACGAAUAUUUCGGUUCAUCAUGGCCCUGCGAAUGCUGGUCCAAUCGAUCUUGCACACCGUCAAAGCUUUGUUUUGGGCCUUGCUCCUCCUGACCUUGAUUGUGUAUGUGUUUGCUAUACUCUUCUCGCAGGCAGUUUAUGACUACAUGAGCGACGAGGCAAACCCGGAGUUACCACCAGAUGUUCAAGCGGCAGCGGAUCGGUAUUUUCGCAGCCUCGUGCGGAGCAUGAUGGCUCUGUUCAUGAGCAUUGCUGGCGGUGUCAGCUGGGAAGAGGUUAUUAGGCCUCUGAUGUUUGUCUCUGCCUUCUGGGAGGUUUGCUUCCUGUUUUUCAUCGCCUUUUCGUAUCUGGCUGUGUUGAACGUGGUGACAGAAUUUUCCGAUGCCUUCGAUCUUGAAGUUCACGCCCUAGACUCGGCAGUGCGUGAGAUGACACCUUGGACAUGUGAAGAUGGCAGUUUGGUGCAGUGGGUUUUCUGCCAUGCGGCUAUUGAGUCGGCCCAGAAGGAUCACACAACCGUGGUCCAGAACAUGCUGGACAAUAAGGAGCAGCAUCUCCAAAAGCUCAGGGCUUUGUUCGAAAAGAUUGGUGACAAAGGAGCUGGGGGCAUUACUUACCGAGUGUUCGAGGAGAAGAUCAAUUCCCCAGCAGUCCGCGACUACUUCGAGACCUUAGGUUUGGACGUGUGGGACCCGUGGUCUUUUUUCAAGCUGCUGGACACCGACGGUGGCGGUGUUGUGGAGCUAGAAGAGUUCUUUAUGGGAUGCUUACGCUUCAGCGGCGAC